AUGAACAUUCAGAGGAAGCCUGGAGACUGGAACUGCAAGAACUGCCAGCACCUCAACUUCAGCCGCCGUGAUUACUGUCAGCGUUGCCGUGACCCACACCCUGACUUGCAGUUCGGUGACGGCUAUAGCACGGGUGGUGUUCUGACCUCCCUGGACAUCCGCCCAGGUGACUGGUACUGCAGCUGCGGCUACCACAACUUUGCCAGCCGCAGCAGCUGCUUCAAGUGCGGCACCAUCGUCAGGGACUUCCCAGCGGGACAAGGUGCAGCCGGUGGUGAGGGUGACUUUGCUCGCGGACGCGACAGCGCCGCAGUUCGUGCUGGGUGGAAAGCUGGCGACUGGAUCUGCACAAGGUGA